AUGAUUUCGGAGGAUGAAUUAUUGCCGACACCAAAGAAAACAAUUAUCAAUAUUCGACAACCACCUAUUCCUACCUCAGAAAUUGAAUUUGCCCAUGUCGUUUCCGAAGAGUCUGACAACAAUAUUUCUCAAACAAACAACAUUCAAUCCGAGUUGUCCUCAUUAAAAACUGAGAGAGCAGAAGAACGUAAAAAGCGACGGGAGAGAACUGCCAAUUAUUUACAGCAACCAGUCGAGGAGAGAAUUAAAGUCUUGUCCAAAUAUUUUGGUCAAGUGCCUCAAAUGGGAGUUCCUGUCCAAUUGACGCACGAUCAGAUUGUCAAUGUUUUGAAUAUGGAGAGUUUAGUGGAUCAGAGAGCUCUUUUUGACUAUGCCAACUCCAUUACAGAAUCCAUCUAUGGUAAUAAGGUGUAUUUUAGAGGAAUUAUUGAAUUCUCGAAUGUAUGUCAAAAAGAUUGUAAAUACUGUGGAAUAAGAAAACACAUGAAAGUCCCUCGAUAUACCAUGCCUAAGGAAGAAAUCAUUGAACAAGCGGUUUGGGCCUAUGAAAAUCAUUUUGGAUCCAUCAUGUUGCAAAGUGGUGAGCUCAACACGGAGGGAAGAAUUGCCAUGUUAGAAGAGGUCAUUCGUGAAAUUAAAAAGAGAACGGGAGGAGGCGGACCGGGUGAGUGGAAUAAGGGACUUGGAAUUGCUUUGGGAGUUGGAGAGUUGAGUAGAGAAUCUUAUCAGAGAUUGUUCAAUGCAGGAGCUCACCGAUACUUGCUUCGAAUUGAGACCUCAAAUCCUGAACUCUACAAAAAAUUGCAUCCCAAUGAUUCAAAUCAUGUAUGGGAAGAGCGAAGAGAUUGCUUAAAAACACUCAUGGAUAUUGGUUAUCAAACAGGUACUGGUGUCAUGAUUAUGAUUCCUGGACAAUCCGUUGAAGAUUUAGCCAGUGAUUUGCUAUUUUUCCGAGACAUUGGAGCAGAUAUGAUUGGAAUGGGGCCAUAUAUUGUGCAAGACGACACACCUAUUGGAGAAGAAUGGAUGAAGCUUUAUGGGCAUCUGAAUGAAGAGGAGAAAAAAGAGUACAAUAGGAAGCUAUUCAGGUUGUCAUUGAAAAUGACUGCACUUGCAAGAAUUCUCAUUCCCGAGGCAAAUAUUUCUGCCACAACGGCCUUGCAAGCAAUUAAUCCAGCAGGUAGAGAAAUUGCCCUCAAUUCUGGUGCUAAUAUGGUCAUGCCAAUCAUUACUCCAACUAAAUACAGAGUCAACUAUCAACUCUAUCAAGGAAAACCGUGCAUUGAUGAUACCAAGGAGGAAUGCAAACGAUGUCUCACAGACAGAGUGAAAUGGUCCAAUAAGCAUCUCAUGCUAGAUGAAUGGGGAGAUCCCAUCAGUUACUUUAGAAAGAGACAAAUGGAGGUUCCAAAUAAGUAA